AUGUUCUCCUGGAUCACUGGGCCCCGCAUCACAAAUGUGAUUGAAGACCUUCAGGCGGCAGAGCCCGCCUACGAGUCCACCUUCAUCGACCCUCCCGAGACGCCCGCCCACCAAUUUGCCGUCAAGGCAUUCAAACAAGCUAUCUUUGGCACGCCUGCGCCGGAAGACCUCAAUAAUGCAACUAGAAAGUUCGAGACGAAGGCCAAGAUAGCCGCUGUCAACGCCAAGAUUACGGAGCUACCUGCGCCCAAGCACGAUGAUUUCUCUCAGUCACCCGCAAAACGAGCUAAUGGCAUCCUCAUGACGCCAGGAACAUCGAGCAAAGGAAGGAAGACCGUAUCUUUUGGAUCGCAGAUUGAGGACAACGAGGGGAAGACGGGCGGUAUCAUCAGGAGCGGCAUACCAAACAACUGCCCUGGAAAGUUUCCGUCUCCAUGGACCCCAGGCACUGAGCUGAAGCUGGACUCUGCUAGCGACAAGAGGCCUCGUACCAGGCUCACUGAAGCCCUGCUUGACGCACGCACCACGACACAGCCAAAGUCUGGUCAGAUGCUCAAAGCGAGAGACGACAGCGAUAUUACGAUGGAUCUCGGUGCGCCGCGCUCAGAAUCGGGGAAGUACUGGAAAGACCAAUACGAGAGUUACGCUGAGCGAAGCGAGAGGGAGAUGAAGAAGGUUGUUGCGAAGCAGCAGCUCGCUAAGAAAUUUGCGAUGAAGAAAGACGGCGAAGUCACUGAAUUGGCUCAGAAGCUCGAGCAGGAGCGUAAGCGGUUCCGGUCACGAGAGAAAGAGCUGGAGCAGCAGAACAAAGACUACCAAGAGCGAUUGCGUCAGGCUAUGGCUGAGAACACGUCCACAAGCAUGGAGAACGCGGCCUUGAAAUUGCGCAUAUCCACUUUGGAAAAGUCUGUAGCGACGACGACAGUCAGCGCACAGGUGAAGCCCGACUUCUCGAUACACGAAGACGCAAGUAAAGAGGCGAUACAAUUACAAAAGGAGUCAGAAGCUGCAGUCCAGGCGUCGUUCGCGGCAUCUUUUGGCAAGGAGAACAGUACUCCACCCAGGUCAAGACGCACCCACCGCCGAACUGUGCCAGACACUGCCGACCGAACUGGCGCUCCAUCAAAAUUAGGGACUGCUAAGGGUGAGGCCUCAAUCAUUCUGGCAAACUCCCCAGCAUUUCCCACCGAGUUCAAAAAGCCAUUGGAACCUCCUCAAUCGGCACGGUUUUCACGAACACCACUCAGCAUCCGCAGAGCCAGUCCUGCUAAAGACAAUGCUGGUCCAUCCUCACCGGUCCCAGUCCUACCCUCCAGUCCGCUACCCAUGCCUUCACCAGAUCUACCGGACCCCUGGAUGAACAUGGAUGAAAGUUCGAUUCCGCAGCUGGACAAGAGGGCAAUGCCCACAGCAGGUUCGCCGUACGUGAACCCAGCAUGGAACCCUCCAGCAAGAAAGCAACGAGAAUCGAAGUCCACGUCUCAGCCCGUAGGACCAGAAACGCAGGCUACCCGUCGCCAGAUGGACAAGGUCAGCGCGAAGACAGGAGCAGCGAAGACUUCGUCCCACGUGGCAGGGAAGUCGUCGCUCGACCUUGAAGCGCGAUUGGCCGCGCUGUCUUCUAAAGCGAGUAAGAAGCAGCAGACGGACAAGUCAGAGACGGACACCCCCAAACACUCCCCCACUGAUCCUAAGUUCGACCUCUCGAAGAUCACAUCCCACCAUGCAGAGGGCUCGGCACAGGUGAAGCACGAUCGGGCAGAGAUGCUGCCUGUUGAUCGAAAGGCAGAGGCAAGGAGGCGACUUGAAGAGAGGAAGAAGCUGAGGAAAGCUGCUCCUGCGUAA